UGGAAAGUCCAAAAUGAUUAGCUCAUUAAAACUCAAUCUUAUUCUAGUUCUGUCAGUUUCUACCAUGCAUGUGUUUUGCUGUUAUCCAGCUCCGUCUUCUAAGGUGUCUGGAAGACCUGAUUACUUUUUUAUCCUGCUGAACAGCUGCCCAACCAGGGUGGACAGGAACGAAGGACUAGAUUUUCUAAAGCCAGUUUUGGAGAAGUCGUUAUUGAAAAGGUCCUUUCGCAAUGGAGUCGGAACAGGGAUGAAAAAAACUUCCUUUCAAAGAGCAAAAUCAUGAAUAAGAUGAAUAAGUGUGCAAAGGACUCCGGGAAUUAAUCU